GAAAUUAUUCGAUUUGAGCCGUCCGGGAUAAUGUUCCUCGGAUGCAGAAACCGAGUGGUCUGCGAGUCGCCUGUCUGCCCUGUCAUCGUUCCCUCGGGGAAGAACACGAGACACUACCGUUUGUCAGCACGCGGCAGCAUUCUGAUUUGUCGAUGCAGUUAACGUGCCGGCAGCACGAUCCGCAGUACAUGUGGCAGAUCAUUUCGCUGCGUAUAAAGGCAGGCACGCAGCAAGACAUGGGAAGACCUGGGAGAAGCGAUGGCCGGAAAAAUGGACAAGAAGGUGAUCAUCGUCUCCACGGUGGUCGGCUCCCUGGGGUUGCUGAGCGCCAUCCUGGGUUUCUCCGCCGAGGGCACAAAGAUCACUAUUUCUGAUAUACGGGUGGUCGGCGACGAGUGCCUGUACCCGCAGAACGCUGCGAACGCGCUGGCGAUCAGCGGGGCUGUCUUCCUGCUGAUGGCGCAGAUCGCCGUGUCGGCCAUCGGUGGCUGCUGCGGCUGCUGCAAGUCCCGCUCCAUCCCGUCGGAGACCAAGCGGAUCAUCGGCGUCGUCUGCGCCGUCGUGUCAUGGAUAGCGGCGGGCUUCGCGUGGGUGCUGUUCGUGGUGGGCGCGACGGGGAACGGCGACGGGUCGCGGGCCACCUGGCCGGACUGCUACGUCCUCAAGGACGGCAUCUUUGCUGGCGCGGCGGUGCUGGCCCUCGUUGCCACGGCGUUUGGGAUCGCGUCCUACGUCAUGCUUCGCAGGCAGGCCGGCGAGGCGCCGGGGGGCAAGCCGGCGGAGCAGCCACCAUUGGCCGGGAUCGCGAUGGGCAACCCCCAUUUCCCGCCGCCGCCUCCUUCACAUGGACCGACCGCGUGGUAGAAGACGAAACAUGCUCGUGAAAAUGAAUUUUAAACCUCGAGCCAGACAUGUGCACUAAUUUUAGCAAACAUUUCAAAUAAUUGUGCUUAGUUUUAGUAUCAUCAUUUAAAGAUAAAUUUUACAACUACUAGUGUAAAAUUUAGGUACCUACGAAGGCUAAGAUUUUACACUAGUACCUCAAAAUAACUUAAGGAUGACAAAA